UAUAUAUUAAGCUUCAAUCGAAUUUCUAUACAUAUAUUUCUCCUUGCAAAGAAUCAUGGUUAUAAAAACGACAGAGAGAAACUAUUCUGUGGCAGCAGUUGCCUUGGUCAUCGUUAUGGCUUUGUAUCUUGUUGCUCUGUUCUCCACCGUGUCCGACCUUAAGUUGAUUCCUUCGCUAAGUUUGUCUCAAGGCAUGUUACAACAAACAUGGGAAUCAAUAAAAAUCGACAAGCCUCCACAAGAGACAACUUCAUCAACAAUCAUAUGUGAUCGAUCCCACACUAACUACGAUCUCUGUUCAAUCAACGGCUUAUGUCAUCUCGACAUCAGAAACCAAACUAUCACUCUCAUGGACCCCACUUUUGCCACAUCAGCACCGAUUGUUGAGAAGAUCAGACCAUACCCAAGAAAGGCAGAUAACUGGAUCAUGUCCAAAAUUCAAGAACUAACACUGACCUCAGGUCCAAUGGGCCUAACCAGAUCAUGUGACAUAACACAUGAUUCGCCGGCUAUUGUUUUCAGCGCUGGAGGUUACACCGGAAGCAUCUAUCACGAUUUCAUGGAUGGUUUCAUUCCGCUUUUCAUCACGGCCAAUGUGAUCUACCCCGACCGUGAUGUCAUCCUUGUGGUAGCUAAUCCUAGGGAAUGGUGGAUGCCGAAAUACAUGGAAGUUUUAGGUGCGUUUAGCAAACACAAACCCAUAUUACUCGAGAAUGAAAAUGCGUCUGUUACGCAUUGUUUCACUUCAGCUAUUGUGGGUUUAAUCUCACAUGGGCCUAAAGCAAUAAACUCGACCCGAUUACCUAAUUCAAAAUCAUUAGAGGACUUUCACAACCUUCUAGACAAAGCCUUCAACACAAAUAUACCCACUUUCAAAAUCCAAAAGCCUCGUCUCAUAUUGAUCAGUCGAUAUGGCAACAUUGGUAGGGUGAUAUUAAACGAGGAGAAGGUCAAAGAGAUGCUUGAAAACGUUGGGUUCGAGGUAAUCACAUUUAGACCAACGGGAACGACGAGCAUGAGAGAAGCGUAUGAACUUAUAAAGUCGAGUCAUGGGAUGGUCGGGGUUCAUGGUGCAGCAUUAACCCAUUUGUUGUUUCUUAGACCCGGUUCGGUUUUCGUUCAGGUUGUUCCCGUUGGAGUAGGUUGGGUGGCUAAUUGUUACGGAUCGCCUGCUAAAGCAAUGAAGUUGGAGUAUAUGGAGUAUUCUAUUGAUGUGGAAGAAAGUAGUUUGGUAGAGAAGUAUAGUAGAGAUGAUUUGGUUUUUAAAGAUCCUAUCGCUUUUAGCAGGAAGGAUUGGGGUGUGACUAAAAAAGUUUAUUUAAAAGAACAAGAUGUUAGAUUAGAUGUGAACCAGUUUAGGAAUCAUAUGAAUAAAGCGUACGAGAAAGCUAAAUUGUUUAUGGAUUUAAACGGUUGA